AUGGCACGAGCUGUAGCCGUUCUUGUUCUGGGCCUAGUCGUCUCCUGCAACGCUGCCGACAACUGCUACAUAAAUGACAGCGGUAAGGAUUGCUUCACUAGGGUUUGGGCUAUGUAG